GAAAUGUUAUCCCGGUUAAGAGUAGUUGCCAGUCCUCCUUGUACAUUGAUAUGUCGUCAUUUGCACAGAAAAGAGAAAGGCAAGCCACUUAUGCUGAACCCAAGAACAAACAAGGGAAUGGCAUUUACACUACGGGAACGACAGAUGCUUGGCCUUCAAGGACUUCUACCUCCCAAAAUAGAGACACAAGAUAUUCAAGCUCUCCGGUUCAAUAGAAACUUGAAAAAAAUGAGUGACCCUCUGGAAAAAUACAUCUAUAUAAUGGGAAUACAGGAGAGAAAUGAGAAGUUAUUUUAUAGAAUACUGCAAGAUGACAUUGAAAAUCUAAUGCCAAUUGUAUAUACACCAACAGUUGGGCUUGCCUGCUGCCAGUAUGGAAACAUCUUUAGAAGACCUAAGGGAUUAUUUAUUUCAAUCUCAGACAGAGGCCAUAUUAAAUCAAUUGUGGAUAACUGGCCAGAAAAUGAUGUUAAGGCUGUUGUGGUGACUGAUGGAGAGAGAAUUCUGGGUCUUGGAGAUCUGGGUGUCUAUGGAAUGGGAAUUCCAGUAGGAAAACUUUGUUUGUAUACAGCUUGUGCAGGGAUACGGCCUGAAAAAUGCCUGCCUGUGUGUAUUGAUGUGGGAACUGAUAAUCCAGCACUCUUAAAAGAUCCAUUUUACAUGGGCUUGUAUCAGAAAAGAGAUCGCUCCCAACAUUAUGAUGAUCUGAUUGAUGAGUUUAUGCAAGCUAUUACUGACAGAUAUGGUCGGAACACACUUAUUCAGUUUGAAGACUUUGGAAACCAUAACGCAUUCAGGUUCUUGAGAAAAUAUCGAGAAAAAUACUGUACCUUCAAUGAUGAUAUUCAAGGGACGGCUGCAGUAGCUCUAGCAGGUCUUCUUGCAACACAGAAAGUUGUUGGUAAACCAAUCUCAGAAUACAAAAUCUUAUUUCUCGGAGCAGGAGAGGCUGCUCUUGGAAUUGCAAACCUUAUAGUUAGGUCUAUGAUGGAAAACGGCCUCUCAGAAGAAGAGGCACACAAGAACAUCUGGAUGUUUGACAAGUUUGGUUUACUAGUUAAGGAGCGGAACUCUAAAAUAGAUAGUUAUCAGGAACCAUUUGCUCAUCCAGCCCCAAAGAGAAUACCUAAAACUUUUGAAGAUGCAGUCAAUGUACUUAAGCCUUCAGCUAUAAUUGGAGCUGCAGGUGCUGGCCGACUCUUUACUCCUGAUGUGAUCAAAGCCAUGGCCUCCAUCAAUGAAAGGCCUGUAAUAUUUGCUCUAAGCAAUCCCACAGCAAAAGCUGAAUGCACAGCUGAGGAAGCAUAUACACUUACAGAGGGAAGGUGUUUGUUUGCAAGUGGCAGUCCGUUUGGGCCAGUGACACUCGGUGAUGGACAAGUCUUUAAGCCAGGUCAAGGGAACAAUGUGUAUAUUUUUCCAGGUGUGGCUUUAGCUGUUAUUCUCAGUGGUGCCCGCCAUAUUUGUGACACUGUUUUCCUGGAAGCUGCAAAGGUAAUUUCUAUUAACAUUGCUAUUAAAGUUAUAGAAUAUCUGUAUGCUAAGAAGAUGGCUUUCCGACACCCAGAGCCUGAAGACAAGGCCAAGUACGUUAGAGAGAGAAUAUGGCGGAGUGAAUACGAGUCCCUGCUGCCAGAUGUGUACGAGUGGCCGGAAUCCGCGUCAAAACCUCCCCAGAUCGUGGACUAG